AUGGACUUCCCUGGCGGCGCAAACACCAACAUACAUCUUAUUGAUGGAUUCACCAAUAUUUACUGGAGAAUCUACACAGAAGAAGCUAGUAUCGCAAACAAUCCACAGGAAAGCCCCGCCAAUGGCUACACCAUUCUCAAGCACUUGAGUCGUCUCAAAGAUUUAGAGGCUCGAUUGAGAGGUUUAAAUUGUCUGGCAUCAUGUCCGAGGCGUCUAGGGCUUUGGGUGUUCUCCCCUACCCCUGAGUUCGAAAGCCUGAAUGCUCUGUAUGUGAGGGAAAGUGACCCAGAGUCAAGUAGGAUUGUCGUCGGCACAACAACUUUGAAAGUGUCUGCUUUAGGAAGUGUCUCCUCACUGGACUUGGUGAAAGGGCUGUCGUCCGACACCCAGAGUCAGCACGGUACCCAACCCGCUGGGCAGCAACGGCCACAUCAGAGCCAACUGCCAUCUCGCCGUCAAGAUGGCUAUAGCAGUUCAGCGGCCAUUUAUGCAUCAUUUAUAUCUGCUGUUGCUGGUUCAAUCAGCCUCCAGAUUAUUCGACGCCAUGCUGCUCUACCCCUUGGAUCACGCACCCUUUUCACUGCCAUCGAAAAGUCGGGAUACGAAAGUCCCCAAAUCAACAAUGAAAGCAUCCUCUCCACUUCUUGCUUGACCACACUCAAUAUCCAGUUAACUAUGAGCGGAACAAUAACCGUUUCCGCCCAGACUGUACCUCAAACGGGUAUAAUUCGACUGUGCAGUCCAUGCGAAGACACUGCCGAAAUAAUUGACGCGCAGCCUGGGACUGAUCUUUGGCUUUGUCCGAAUGGGACUAUCGCUAGGCUUGUCACGGCUGAUGUUGACUCGUCAAAUGUUCUUUCUUUGGGCUACCCAGCCCCUGGGAAUCUGUCUGCAAAAAGAAUACAGUGGAAAUUAGAUGUUGUGCAGUGGCUGCGGAAUUUUGGGUUGAAUGUUGACUCAAUUGAUGAAGAACACUGGGUUGAAGUGGAGGUCUGGGAGCCUUUUUUCGCGAGGCUUGCUGGGGAAGCAUGGCGACAGAGUGAUGACAGUCAAUCCGCAUUGCCGCUGAAGCGCAUGCUAUGGCCAGCUCGAUUUUGCUUCAGAAGGGCUAGCUCAUCAAAUCUCUCUUCCGAGGCUCAACCUUCCCUUCUUGACGAACCCCUAGAUUUUGCAGAGCGAUGGUCUGCAAUGGCGAGCUCUCUCAAGCUAGAUCAAAUUGCCCACACUGCUCAAAACACCUCUAUCACUCAAGACCCACAAUCAAAAGACCAAGAAAUGCUGUCACCCAAGGCCGAACCUCUCGAUAGCAUAGAGAGUUUGUCACGAAUUGCGCAAUAUCCUGAUUUGCAAAGCACAAAUCUUGUUUACCCGACUCCCCCAGAUGGAGCUGCUGUAGUCGGAUUGAACAAUUCAAAUCCCCCCGAGGCUUUCACCGACGAUUCUGACUUUGGACCACCCCAUUUAUUGCAACGAAACUCGAGAAGAAAUGCGCCAGGAUCUGAUAUUUCGCCUGUUCAGAAUAGUGGCAUUGGAAUUGGCACUGGCCGAUAUGAUGCAAGUGAUGAAGAAGAUCUCUUUGGGGAAAUGAAUGAAAGAGAUUUCGGGUCGAAAGGUAUCACCGAUGCGGACUUCAGCUUUUUUGAUGACCCUGAUUUCGAUGGCAUGGAGGGUGGCUCUCGUGUAGAUGAUGCAGAUGAAGCCCUUGAAGCUUUACAUCCUCAGAGCGAACCGGAGGCGGAAGCCAUGGUUGACGCAGAGCACUCCCCCAACCAGCCACCGGGAAUUUCAACUCAUGUCGAAGCACUUGAGGUACACGCCUCUCCGAUAUACCUCGAAGCCCCACAGUUAUCAGAAGAGCUCUUGGCCCCCGAAGAACCAGCUCAUUCACCUACGGAUCGCGCAGGCCAAACAAUAAGCCCGCCUUUGAGCCCAGUAGAAGUGAAAAGGAUUUUGUUCCCGGGGCCCGAGGCAGGCGAUCAUCAACAAUCUACAGACAACCGGGGGCAAGGGCAUUACCACCCAGUGGUAUUCGAGAAGAAACUUGGUGAUUGGGAUCAGAAGUACGGAGCAGCUGGCAAAUUCUGGUUCUCCAGUGGUGGCUCAUUGGACGCGUUGAAUCACACAUCUGAAAUUCCCACUAUUGGCAUUCCUCGCCGCGCCCGAAGCAGUGCCAACGCACUCGGCUCCUCCAAAGAACUUAACAAGACCAGCCUAUCUCUGAUUCCGUCAGAAAAUGGACUACGAUCAGCCUCGGUGAGCAGUGACAGCAGCGAUGAGAGCAUCGAUAUUAUCUCGGAGCACGUCCCAACACCGGCAGCCAUGCCCUCGAUGCACUCUUUAAAGCGCAAACGAGCUUCUUCGGAAUCUGAUAUCAUGUCGGUUGCGUCCCAAGAGAAGUCAUUGCCUGGCACAGAAGCAACUCCCGGAUACGCAGCCGAGAAUUCUACGUUCCUCGGUAACUUCUUGGCCAACUUUUCCGAUUGGACGUUAACCGGUUAUUUCUCUGCUCUUCCACCUCAACAACACCCUGUAAUUAUUCGCCGUGAAGGUCAACUUGAAAUUGCCCAACUUCUGGUUGACCAAAUCACGCAGUCCUCUCUUAAGCAUCCACUUGAUGGAAAAAUUGGCCUUUUUGAUCUCGAGAGCGAGCCCUUGUCACUGCAAGCCCCCGACGACACAACGCUCUUGAGUGAGGCCUCGAAAAUGGACUUCAAGAGAUACAUAUCACUGCAGGAUGAAUUUUUUGCGAAUCAAUUGCAACAGCAUUCGCCGCCGCCCAAAGACACCCCAAAAAGCAUUAUUUCAAAGUUACCGGCGCCUCACAUUCGUGUGCGUCGAGGGAAAGAAUACCUAGAGGCUCUUCCCCCAGCUGUAUCCUUUUGGGAGACGUUUGGUCUUGAGCCUGCUUACGGACCGAAGAACAUCUCUGCUUAUUGCAUUCACCCACAAGCUGCGUCAAAAGCGGCAGAUGUGUUUCUGAGACGGUUUGGUCUUCUUUACCAAAGUUGCAGUCUUGGGACUCAUGCCAGAGGAGAAGAUUCUGUGGCAUUUGAAGAAGGACUGAAGCUAUGGAAAUCCGAAACAUCUAGUUACGAAUCUAUGAUGCAGGUUUUGAAGAGAAUUUGCGAGCAGCUUGGCUCGGAGCUCUCACAAUCCCCAGCGACUACUGAUAACCAUGUUGUCUAUAUCAUCAACCCAUUUACUCACGCUGCGGCACUAGCAGACAUUUGUUCCGCCUUCUGGUACCUCUUCCAACAAUUGGUAGCUGGUUCCGAACGAAGACAGACUCAAAUUUCCAACGAGCUUGUUCUGCAGAUAAUCCCGCUGGAGUUUAUCAUGUCAAGUGAAACGAUGGUUGCACCUCCCCAGACGGACUAUUUAAAUUUGGCCCUAGAAGUCUACAGUCGAUGUCGCCCAAACGAUGUGGAUAUGAGCCCCCUGCUCUGUGCGCCACCAAUGCUUCUGGCCGACGCUCUUCCUAGAGCCAUUAGUUUCCGACUUGCACCUGAAAGAUCUUCGCCGCUUCAAGAUGGACGAAGUCUUCAUAUUGCUUACUCCAAAAGUCUUGAUCAACGCUGGAUAUCGGUGGCAUGGUCUGAUUUGCCAGGUUCGAUACAAAGAACUAUGUCAUACUGCCUACGGUAUCGUCAGUCGGGUGGUGCCAGACCGAUUUCCGAGAUAAGGAAUGAAAUCUGGGCUACGACGAAACAUAUUAUGGAUAAAUUCCAAGCACGCUGGAAAGUUCAGCUUGCAACCACCGAGCCUAUAGAAACCGAUGAGGUUGAAGCCUGGUCUAGUCUAGCAGACCAUCACAAUAAGUUAAACCCCGGGUCCUUGGAAUUGACCAUUUUGGCAGUCAACACUAUUCCCGACUUGAUCCUUGAGCCACCAGUCCCACCUAUCUCGAUGGCAAUGCUGAAUAUACUGUCUUCCUCUACCCCUGUCUCGACUCCUAAUGCAAGUGCCAGCGUUGCAUCCCCCGAACAAUCAGGCAACGCAGCUACGCCAACCAGCGCCGGUCCGGCCGCUUGCACUGCUCCGACGCCAACGGAUUUGUCACUUGAAACAGAUUCAGAAGCCGUCCUUGCUGACAUCUGCGACGAUUCCUGGCUAGCCAUCUUAUCACACCGCCUCAACAGUUCUCCACACCUCACCGAAUUCCGACCCGCCCUUUCCAGCGGGUACCUCCUCCGCCGCAGGGGAGCUGCUGAUGGCGACGGUGUGUUUGCAAUCACGGUCAAUCUCAUCUAUUCCCCGCGUCCGCCCGCAUCCUACGAUAACGUCCUGAAAGAUACCUUAAGUAUGUAUCGGGACCUGGGUUGUCUUGCCCGGGCCAAGGGCAUAUGCAGUGUACAAAACAACACACUGCCUUGGCAUGUCGCCACGGCUCUCCGUGGACAAGAGCUUUUGAGUUAUGUUUUUUGA